ACUGCCCUCUGUCCAUCUUUAUUAUUAGCGCUUCGCUCCGCCCUCCUACCUGUAAAUCUCCCCACUCUCCUCUGGAGCGGAUCUGACAGGCGCUCUCAGCUGGCCGCUCUGUGCCAGGGCUGCAGGGGAUCGAAUGGAGACAGUGACAUCCACCCGAGCGCGAGUCCUUUUUACGCAGAAUUGACAACUAAAACGCCCGCAAGAUGAUGUAGUCUUCAGAGACAGCUAUUCAAUGGCAUAAUUAAUUGAUCUCUUUUUGUUUUUCGUUUUGUUGCAAGCCGUUCACGGUCGAUUGACGCCUAAAGAAAGUGAGAACGAUCGAUCGAAAUCUCCGCCUGCUGAUCGACAGGAUCCCUGAAUGGAAGACGACUAGAGAGGUCGCCUCGCCGACAACAGGCUGCAAACAAUUUCACUGUCGUUGUGUUUACCAUUACCCGAAAUAUCAUUGGCAGCCUCGACGGCUGCAAACGACGCCGUCUUCACCAUGGCUUUUGGCGUGAAAGAGCCAGAAAACCCCUCAGGCUAAGAAGCAGUGACAAUUAGUAAAUAUAUGCGGAUUUAAAUGCCUCUCUCCAAGGGCCACCGACCCGCUAUUUUGGUCCGGUUCGCGUGUGCGGUGUCUCACGCUGUCACGAAUAAACAAUUCAUAGGCUGCUAAAAUACAGAAAGAGACUCCAUCGGGUGGGUGAACAUAUUCUACAGUGAGGGGGGGAUUUUUUUUCCAAGCAAUAUGGCUGGUGAGUGGGGCUGGGGACGCUGGCACAGGCUAUCCAAGGCUCCUAAAUGCUAGCUGAGGCAGAUGGCACCGUUCCCCAUGGAAGCGACAGCUCUAUGAGGACAAGCAAUAUCAUUAAUAAUAUAAAUCCGGACUCUUCAAUCUUAAUAUCCAAGAUGGAAGACGUUGUCAUCCCGUUCUCGUCUGAGGUGCCCUGCGACAAUAAUGGACAGCGCAUGUGGUGGGCAUUCCUCGCCUCCUCCAUGGUGACGUUUUUUGGGGGUCUCUUCAUCAUCCUGCUGUGGAGAACCCUCAAAUAUAUGUGGACUGUUUGCUGCCACUGCAACGUCAAACACAAGGAGGCUCAGAAGGUGAUCAAUCCGGCAGCAGACAAACCAAAGGAUGAGAAGGAGGAGGUCCCAAUCAGCGAGGUGGGAUGGAUGACUUCAGUCAAAGACUGGGCUGGUGUCAUGAUCUCCGCUCAAACAAUCACUGGCAGAGUUCUGGUGGUGUUAGUCUUUGCGCUCAGCAUCGGGGCCCUUGGAAUAUACUUCAUAGACUCCUCAGAUCCUAUAGAAUCCUGCCAGAAUUUCUACAAAGAUUUCACAUUACAGAUCGAUAUGGCCUUCAAUGUCUUCUUCCUCCUUUAUUUUGGUCUGCGAUUUAUCGCGGCCAAUGAUAAACUGUGGUUCUGGCUGGAGGUCAACUCAGUGGUCGACUUCUUUACCGUUCCUCCCGUGUUUGUUUCUGUCUACUUGAACAGAAGCUGGCUCGGUUUAAGAUUUCUCAGAGCACUAAGAUUGAUACAGUUUUCAGAAAUACUCCAGUUUUUGAAUAUCUUGAAAACAAGCAACUCCAUUAAGCUGGUGAACCUGUGUUCCAUCUUUAUAAGCACAUGGCUCACAGCGGCAGGAUUCAUACAUUUGGUGGAAAACUCAGGGGAUCCUUGGGAAAACUUCCAGAAUUCCCAGUCACUUUCCUAUUGGGAAUGUGUCUACUUGCUGAUGGUGACAAUGUCUACAGUGGGCUAUGGGGAUGUCUAUGCAAAAACCACCUUGGGGCGCCUGUUUAUGGUCUUCUUCAUCCUUGGUGGUUUGGCCAUGUUUGCCAGCUACGUCCCUGAAAUCAUAGAGUUAAUAGGAAACCGAAAGAAAUAUGGUGGUUCCUAUAGUGCGGUUAAUGGGAGAAAGCAUAUUGUGGUAUGUGGUCAUAUUACCCUCGAAAGUGUCUCCAACUUCCUCAAAGACUUCCUACACAAGGACAGGGAUGAUGUCAAUGUUGAAAUUGUUUUUCUCCAUAAUAUUUCCCCUAAUCUUGAGCUGGAAGCCUUGUUCAAACGCCAUUUUACCCAAGUAGAGUUCUACCAGGGAUCUGUUCUCAACCCUCACGAUCUCGCCAGAGUGAAGAUCGAGUCAGCAGAUGCCUGCUUAAUCCUAGCCAACAAAUACUGUGCAGAUCCUGAUGCUGAAGAUGCAUCGAACAUCAUGAGGGUUAUUUCGAUCAAGAACUACCAUCCCAAGAUCAGAAUAAUCACACAGAUGUUACAGUACCACAAUAAGGCCCAUCUGCUGAACAUUCCAAGCUGGAACUGGAAGGAGGGUGACGAUGCUAUCUGCCUGGCGGAGCUGAAGGCAGGCUUCAUAGCCCAGAGCUGUCUGGCCCAGGGCCUGUCCACCAUGCUAGCCAACCUCUUCUCUAUGAGGUCCUUCAUUGAGAUUGAGGAGGACACAUGGCAGAAGUAUUACCUAGAAGGGGUGGCUAAUGAGAUGUACACAGAGUAUUUGUCCAGUGCCUUUGUCGGCCUCACCUUCCCCACUAUCUGUGAGCUGUGUUACGUGAAGCUGAAGCUGUUGCUUAUUGCCAUCGAAUACAAGUCUGAGCAGAGAGAGAGCAGCAUCCUCAUCAACCCGGGCAACCAUGUCAAGAUGCAGGAGGGAACGCUGGGAUUCUUUAUUGCCAGUGAUGCCAAAGAAGUAAAGAGGGCAUUUUUCUACUGCAAAGCUUGUCAUGACGACAUCACAGACCCUAAGCGGAUCAAGAAGUGUGCCUGCAAACGACUCGAAGACGAGCAUCCAUCAACUCUCUCGCCCAAAAAAAAGCAGCGCAACGGAGGGAUGCGAAACUCACCCAACUGCUCACCCAAAAUGAUGAGUCGACACGACCCCCUUCAAAUACCUGGAAAUGAACAAAUUGAGAGCAUGGACAUGAACGUGAAGAGGUAUGACUCGACGGGGAUGUUUCACUGGUGCCCGUCAAAGGAAAUCGAAAAAGUUAUCCUGACCCGGAGUGAAGCCUCCAUGACAGUGCUGAGCGGCCAUGUGGUGGUCUGUAUAUUUGGGGAUGUCACGUCCGCUUUAGUGGGGCUGCGAAACUUGGUGAUGCCUUUAAGAGCCAGCAACUUCCAUUACCACGAGCUAAAGCCUAUUGUUUUUGUGGGCUCGCUGGAUUACCUGCGGAGAGAGUGGGAGACUUUACACAACUUCCCCAAGGUCUCCAUCUUACCUGGUACGCCAUUAAGUCGGGCAGAUUUAAGGGCUGUCAACAUCAACCUCUGCGACAUGUGCGUUAUACUGUCAGCCAAUCAGAACAAUAUCGAAGAUACCUCACUGCAGGAUAAGGAAUGCAUCUUGGCAUCACUCAACAUCAAAUCUAUGCAGUUUGAUGACAGCAUCGGGGUCUUACAGGCUAAUUCCCAAGGUUUCACGCCUCCUGGAAUGGACAGGUCAUCUCCAGACAGCAGUCCAGUACAUGGCUUUGUGCGUCAGGCUUCCGUCACCACCGGAUCCAACAUCCCCAUCAUCACAGAGCUAGUGAACGAUUCAAAUGUUCAGUUCCUGGACCAAGAUGAUGAUGACGACCCAGACACUGAGCUGUACCUCACUCAGCCCUUCGCCUGCGGCACCGCCUUCGCUGUCAGUGUACUCGACUCCCUGAUGAGUGCAACAUACUUUAAUGAUAACAUCCUCACGCUGAUUCGGACGUUGGUCACAGGGGGAGCCACACCAGAGCUGGAGGGCCUGUUGGCUGAGGAGAACGCCCUCCGAGGUGGUUACAGCACACCGCAAACACUGGCCAACAGAGACAGGUGUCGCGUCGCCCAGCUAGCCCUCUACGACGGGCCAUUUGCCGACUUGGGGGAUGGCGGCUGCUACGGAGAUUUAUUCUGUAAAGCACUGAAGACGUACAACAUGCUGUGUUUUGGAAUCUACAGAUUAAGAGACGCUCACCUCAAUUGCCCGAGCCCGUGUACAAAACGGUAUGUGAUCACGAACCCACCGUAUGAGUUUGAGCUCGUGCCCACAGACCUGAUAUUCUGCCUCAUGCAGUUCGACCAUAAUGCAGGCCAGUCCCGGACAAACUUGUCCCACUCUUCCCACUCCUCCCAUUCCUCCAGCAAAAAGAGCUCCUCUGUCCACUCCAUCCCGCCCUCCAACCGGCAGAACCGCAACAGUAAGACCCGGGAGGCCCGCGACAAACAGAAUGCAACAAGGAUGAAUAGAAUGGGCCAAGAAAAGAAAUGGUUUACAGAUGAACCAGAAAAUGCCUACCCACGGAAUAUUCAGAUCAAGCCCAUGAGCACUCACAUGGCCAACCAAGUCAACCAAUACAAAUCCACUAGUAGUCUGAUUCCACCAAUCAGAGAAGUUGAAGAUGAAUGCUGAACACAGGGUUUUCUUGCUGACUCACCAGGCAUCUGUACGCUCUUUCAAAAGAGAUGGGAGAUCACCCAUGGAGGAUUGAUGAUGAUGAUGAUGAUGAUGAUGAUGAUGAUGAUGAUGACGACGACAGAAAUGUAGAAGACUGACACAUUUCUCUUCACUCAUUCUUCUAAUCAAGGGUUGGACAGAAACCCAAACUAGAAGGGACCUCCCCUUGUGUAUACCUUUAAUGUUACUUCCAUGCUCUUGGACAUAGUUUUAUUUAUUAAUGUAUCCAUAGUGAUGUACAUAAUGACAAUCAAAUAAGGAUUGUACAGCCCCUUCCCCCUAGCACUUUUUGGAUUUAUUUUAAGAAUUGAAAAAAAAGAGUACUUCCUGUAAUUCUUUGCAAUAGUUCACCUCUUCGUGUGACCAGACCCCAUUGCUAAGGUGACUGGUUAUUGGAGGAUGAGGGUUGCAGCGAUAACAUGUUAAUAUCAUCUCCCAAAGAUCCGCCCAGAUGCGUCACGUCAAACCAGCUGGAUUCAUCAACUUCAUAUCCCCUGGCUUCUGUUCUAUUUGCACUAAAACUGAACAAGUUUCUUUUGACAGAACAACUGGAACCAUCAGAUCCCCCUCCAAUAAAAUGUCUCUGAGGAGAUGAAGGAAGGAAGAAAGGAAGAGGGAGGGAGGGCUGCUUGGCUUCGAAAGCAUACUAGUCUUGUUCUUGGGUUGUUUUACAUCAUGUCAUUGCUUAAGGUUUGCUACUUCACUAUUGACUCAUCAUGUUGAGUGAGAGCAUUCCACUCCUGCUGAACAAAGUAAUCUUUCAUAACAGUAGUCUAAAAACUCAAAGAAUGGUGCAGUGUUGGCGUAUACUGGCGGAAAGAGAACCCUGUACCUGCUGUAUGUAUCUGCUGAUACGUCAGAUCAUAAAGCCUGUGACUCUGUUUGAAGCGCCUAUCGCAUGAUAUGUGCCUGAGCCCCCUUCUAUAACAGAUACAGUGCGGUUGAUCAACCUGCGUACAUGAGAAGGAUGAAAAACAACUACCCUUGUCCUUCAUGUGUUCAGGAGCAUUUACGUUAUGUGCACGCUGUGUCUGUCUGUGUGUGUGUGUGUGUGUGUG